CUCGAGCGCUCAUCGGUGAUUACCGGAGCGCGAGGGGAGGCGCAUAUAUUCCGCAGAUCAGACGAGCUCGAGACGGCAUUCAGUGCGCGAGCUCCAGGGAACAAGACCCAAUCCGAGCUCUUUAUUCAUGGAUACUAACCUGGGAUUGUACUUUCACUGCAUGACGACCUGCUUCUUGAAGAUCCAGUGUUGAGCUCUUAUAUGAGGUGCAUGGACUCGCUAAUAAACUUUUGUGAAGAAUUUCUCUUAGAGUUUAAUUCUAUAAAUUGACCUAGGCGAUGCAAAAGGGUUUCUGUCUUUGGAUUGUUCAGGCUUGGACAGCCAUGACGACCUUUUGCAAGCUAAAUCAUUUUUGAGAUUCCUCACAGGACGUAUUUGGACCAGCACCUGGAGUACCACCAGGACAGUUUGGAUUCUCCUCCAUAGACUUGAGCUGGUGCUUCGGGUCAUUUAAAGGGAGAUCUCUUCAAGGUAUGGUUCUGGACUUUUUGCGCUCAGGAGCGGUUCUAAGGCUCCUACAGUCUUCAUCUUUCUUAUCGGGUGGAAAAUUGACAUUGGAAGGAGAUGAGAACCUUAUUCUGCUGCUUUCUGCUCCUCACCUCGCACCUUCUGCUGGUCUCUGCUGAGAAGGAGUUUGCAAUCCCUCAAGAUUUCAUCGACAGACUGUCCCACAGCGAAAUCAACAGCAUCAGCGACCUCCAGCGGCUACUGGAGGUAAAUUCCCCAGGUCCUGGAAAUGAGGUGAUCGAGGAGGUCAAACAGAAGCACCACCAGAAGAACCAUCACUCAUAUAAGGCCGGUUCCUCAGAUCUCAAGAGUCUGCAGCUGUCCCACAGACGGAAGAGGAGUGUCGUAGAGGAGGCGGUACCCGCCAUGUGCAAGACACGGACAGUGAUCCACGAGAUCCCCCGCAGUCAAGUGGAUCCCACCGCUGCAAACUUCCUAAUAUGGCCGCCGUGCGUGGAGGUGAAACGCUGUACAGGCUGCUGCAACACAGGCAACAUGCGCUGUCACCCCUCCAAAAAACAUCACCGCACUGUCAAGGUGGCGAAGGUAGAGUUUUCCUCGCGUAAGAAAGCGAAAUUGAAGGAGGUGCUUGUCCGGUUAGAGGAUCACCUGGAAUGCGUGUGCACGUCACAUCAUCAUGUGAUGGAGCAUGUGGAAGCAGACGCAGGCCCACUCACAGUUAAAAAAGGUAAAAAACGGAAACACAGAAAGCAUGCAGUGGCAGCACAGAUCAACAAGGAUAUUCAAUAAAAGUCAAACAUUUCCUUACACUCCGCGGACCAAAAUAUCCUCCAGUGGACAUGAGGUGAAAACGCAUCAUACGAGCGAUUGAAAGACAACAGUGGCUGCGUAAAACUUCGGGGGGGACUUCGACCUCUGAAUUCUGACCCUACUGACCCCAUUGCUGUUCAAAAGAAAAGAUACUGUUUCCAGAGGAACAUUGUACACAAACACAACGCCAAAGGUGCUUUCUAUGUACUCUGUCAAACACUGAAGACAAACAAGAUUGGUAUUCAGUUAAUUAUUAAGUGGUCAAACACUGGGCAGGAACGAUGUUUGUGUCGUCUCUCUGUUGUUUAUGUACGCAACUCUCGUAAAGGUCAAAGAUGAGGAGAAAGUCUUUUGGAGAACACUAAGUAGAGACCAUGAACUUCACAUGCUUGGGUUGGGAUGCGCUCAAGCAGGAGUCCUCGAAGGAUGAACUAACUCAGUGGACUCAAAAAGAGGAAGAACAUAAGGGAUGUACUGUCAUGUAACCUUGCUAACGUGGAAGACGCUAUUUUCUGUUAUUCUCUACCUUCGUCCUCUUGGGUCCAGAACAUUUGAACUGCUAUUUCCAAUGUGCCUAGAAAGCUCUGUCCUUCCGAAGAUUUCAACUGCCUGUCCGUGAACAAAGACUUACAGAAGACUUACUUCAUUAUGCCAGAAUAAAGUAUUUAUGUAUGCGAUCUCUCCUUCUCACCCUCUCCGUUUCUCAGUCCAAUGUGAGAGGAGCUCAUCUUCUUUGAUCUGCAAGUAUUAGCAGUAUCAUUUUCUCAAUAUAUCAUUUCAUUCUUGCUUAUAAUUUACUGCAUAUCUCAAAACUAGGUUUUUGUCCUGGAAAUAUGUGUCGUGGGAAGACAUGUGCAAGAGAUAGUUGUGGAAAGAUGCUUUAUUUUUGUUAAAAUAUAUUUAUAAUGCUAAUGUAGAAUCAAGCAGGAAGUAUGUUUAUGUAUUCAGUUAUUGUGGUGUAAUGGUUGUAUGAUGGGACGAGAUGACCCUAUGCUACUCGGUAUCAACAGGUUGGCCAUCACACAUGUUCGAUGGCAGUCAUAAGAUGUUAGUUCAUCAUUUCCUCCUUUACUCGCCGUAACACAAUAGUUAAUGCUAACAUACAAACAUAGACAAAGGUCAUUCAAAUAACCAAUAAACACUUACCUUAGGUAUGAAGCUUUGUAAUAAAUAAACAGAUCGAAAAAAAAAAAAUACAGAGUACAUUUUUAUCAUAUUCACACAGUGAAGACACCAGAAAUGUCAGAUUCUGUUACGUCGAUUUUUGAAUGACAUACCAUUCACGUUGGGCCUCAAAUUCCCAGUUUCAGUAUAAAUUGUUCAUUCUUAUGUCUUAAAUUUACAUUAUAAUUGAAGGUUUAUGUAGAAAUGUAAUUAUUUUCCCCUCGAUAUCCCCACAGAAAUGCUCUCACUGCUUGUGAAUGAAGACUGUUGGCUAUGAAAAAUGUUUGUUAUGCUGCCGAUUGUAUGGAUUACACCAUUAAACUGAGUGUGAUUA